GUAUUCGUAAUCUUUCUAAGCCAGUGUAUUUGACUCCACUUAGUUUAUAAACUACUAAUUUGGUGUGAUUUAACAAUGGGUAUUAAAGAAGCAGUUAUUUAUCUAGACAAUCAAUUGAACACUUACUAUGCCGGCCAAACAAUAAAUGGAAGGAUCGAAUAUGUUUUCGAUAGUCCAAAAAAAGUUCGUGGUAUCCAUGUCAAAUUCAAAGGCGAGGCCCACACAGAGUGGCGUGAAAGUAAAGAACAGCAAACGUCCGACGGCAAAACCGAGAACACUGACGAAGUGCACACAGGGAAUGAGGAGUACUUCCAAAUAUCUUACUAUCUACUUGGAAGCAAUACUGGCAAUGAGAUAGAAGUCCCCGCAGGCAAGCAUGUGUACAAUUUCACGUGCGCCCUGCCCCCCGUGCUGCCAUCAUCUUUCGAAGGAGAAUUCGGAUAUGUCCGAUACACGGUCAAGGUGACUCUCGACCGCCCGUGGAAGUUUGACCAGGACACGAAGAUGGCCUUCACUGUGAUCAACGCUUUGGAUCUUAAUCUCAAUCCGUCUUACAGGGAGCCGAUCCGCAUGCAGAUGGAAAAGACUUUCUGCUGCUUGUGCUGUACAUCCCCGCCCCUCUCCGUGGACAUACAAGCCCCCGUCUCCGGCUACUGUCCAGGGCAAGUGAUCCCAAUAUCCGUGGACAUUGAGAAUAAGAGCAAUGUUCAGUUGCAUUUGGUUAAACUGUUUUUAAGAAAGGUUGUGACUUACCGAGCGACGUCCCCAAGCUCAGCCACAAAGAAAUGCAAGGAAGUGGUACUAACGGUGCAAGAAGGGCCUGCGCCGGCCGGCUCCACCAAACACUGGGACAUGCGGCUCGAGAUACCGCCCAUACCGCCUUCUAACCUCGUCAACUGUAGCAUUAUUGACCUGGACUACGAUCUGAAGGUGGAGUGCGUAGUAUCGGGCAUGCAUAUGAACCUGAAAGACCGCAAGUAUGUGACCAUCGGCACCGUGCCGCUCAUGGGCGGGCCUCCGCCCUCCGCGCCGCCCGCGCCGCCCGCGCCCGCGUCGCCGAGCCAGCCCGCCGUGCUGCCGCUGGGCCCCGGGGAGAUCGCUCAACCCAAUGGUCCGCCCGGAGGAGAUGUGCCCGGCGGCUGGGUGGUGCCGUCUGUGCCGCACCAGUCGCUUUAUCCCACUCUAUCCAUGCCCGUAUACAAGGAGUCUACAUACACCGCGCGCACGAUCCAGGAUCGCGGGGACAACAGUCACACUCGCAUCGCGGGUCCGGCCAACUUUGCCCCGUUCUACCCUACUUACGCGGCCGUCCAACCUCCCCCGCUACCUCAGUAGCUUCCUAAAGCUGAUUCUAACAAAAUUAUUCCGAUGAAGGCACUGUGGCCCGUUUCUCGAAAGGUACAAGCCUUGUAUUACAAGUGUGUUUCCACGACAACCCAUACGAUAUGACAGUUCGCGCACUUGUUAUACAAGGCUUGUACCUUUCGAGAAACGGGCCAUGGUAAUAUAGAUACAAACCGCCUUAUUCAUAAACGUACACUAAAGUUAUCAAGCCGAUAAAGUUCAUUUGUCCCUUUCCGACGUAUUGGUGUGAUAGAAAGGGACACGAACUUUAUCGGCUUGAUAACUUUAGUGAGCGUUUAUGAAUAAGGGGGAAAGAGUAUAACAGCAUUUAAGCUACAGGAUCGUGGACAACCACACUCGCCUCGCGGGUUCGGCCAACUUUUGCCCUUUACGCGGCCGUCCAACCUCCCCCGCUAACCUCAGUAAUUUUGUACAAAUACUUUUGAGAAUAAUUUUCCGAUUUAAUGUAAUACUUGUUGAAAAAACACGGUUCACGAUUGAUCCGAGCAGUCAACAAAUAGUACAAGAAUAUGCGUGGUCUAGAUGUGGGCUAAUAUCGACCAAGCUGUGCUCGUAUAAAUAAUGAAUGAGAGAGAGAGAGAGAGAGAGAGAAAAUAAAUAGUUUCUGUUCUCUUUGUUGUGUGUCAAAAAAGUAGCAAAAAUUGGGCAACAAGACACUAAAAUUGCCAGAAGAAGCUAGUCAAGAGUAUGUACGCUAGUCUCAAGUUUUCUUUUGGGGAUUGGUAGAAGUAAAAUGUCUUCAGAUUGCUAAAUAAUCGGAAUAUUUGUUAGAAUCUCUUUUUGAAUCAUUUAUGGGUUGAAAUGUAUUAAUUAUAUACAAAAGCUUUUCGAAUAUUUACAAACUUAGCGUAAGGUAAUUUAAGUGAAUGCUAUUGUGGUGUACUAACAAAAAUAUAUUUUGCAAUUAUAGUUGGGCCAAGAUUGUUGGCAACGGUUUUGUAAUCCCCGCCUCUGCAAUAGUUUCGCAACCAAGAACCCGUCUGGUAGGCACUCGUGAACUUUGCUUAAAUGGACUACCCGCGGGCCGGGUUGUCGCCAUACAAGCGGGUUAUAGAUAACAUCGGGAUUCUUAUGUAGUGCACCAUUUUUCCUGGUAGUGAAUGUGUUGCUAAAAAGCGCUGGUAGCCUAGCGGUGAGUACGUGCGACUUUCGUUCCGGAGGUCGCGGGUUCGAACCCCGGCUCGGCAUUGGUGAAUGAGUUUUUCGGAAUUCAUGUG